AUGCAUCACUGCAAGAGGUACCGCUCCCCCGAGCAGGAUCCCUACUUGACCCCCAAGUGGAAGCGGAGGAGGUCCUUCAGCCGGGAGCACGACGGGAGGCUGCGGUACCCGCCGCUUCCGCCGCCGCCCCCCAGGAGAUCUCCGUCCCGAAGCCACGACCGCCUGCCCUACCAGAGAAGGUACCGAGAUCACCGGGAGAGCGAGGCCUACAGGUUUGCGGAGCGGAGCCCGUCCUUCGGAGAGGAUUAUUACUCGUCGCGCCCGCACCACCGCAGGAGGUCCCGGGAGAGGGAGCGCCGCCGCCCGCGGAAGCACCCGCAUCACUGCCGCAAACGCCGCACCAGGUCUUGUAGCAGCGCCUCCUCGAGGAGCCGCCAGAGCAGUAAACGCAGCAGCAGGAGCGUGGAAGAUGACAAGGAGGGUCACCUGGUGUGCCGGAUCGGCGAUUGGCUCCAAGAGCGAUACGAGAUCGUGGGCAGUCUCGGGGAAGGAACCUUCGGCAAAGUGGUGGAGUGCCUGGACCACGCCAAAGGCAAGUCCCAAGUUGCCUUGAAGAUCAUCCGCAACGUGGGGAAGUACCGCGAAGCGGCCAGGCUGGAGAUCAACGUGCUCAAGAAGAUCAGAGAGAAAGACAAAGAGAACAAAUUCCUGUGCGUCCUCAUGUCGGACUGGUUCAACUUCCACGGCCACAUGUGCAUCGCCUUUGAGCUCUUGGGCAAGAACACAUUCGAGUUUCUCAAGGAGAACAACUUCCAGCCCUAUCCCCUGCCCCACGUGCGCCACAUGGCCUACCAGCUGUGCCACGCCCUGCGAUUCCUGCACGAGAAUCAGUUGACCCACACUGACCUCAAACCCGAGAAUAUCCUGUUUGUGAAUUCCGACUUCGACACCCUGUACAACGAACACAAGAGCUGUGAAGAGAAGUCCGUGAGGAACACCAGCAUCCGCGUGGCUGACUUCGGCAGCGCCACCUUCGACCACGAGCACCACACCACCAUCGUGGCCACGCGUCACUACCGGCCCCCCGAAGUCAUCCUCGAGCUGGGCUGGGCACAGCCGUGUGACGUCUGGAGCAUCGGCUGCAUCCUGUUCGAGUACUAUCGGGGCUUCACCCUCUUCCAGACCCACGAGAACCGAGAACACCUUGUGAUGAUGGAGAAGAUUCUGGGGCCCAUCCCCUCGCACAUGAUCCACAGAACCAGGAAACAGAAGUACUUCUACAAAGGUAGCCUGAUCUGGGACGAGAACACCUCGGAUGGCCGAUACGUGAAGGAAAACUGCAAACCCCUGAGGAGUUACAUGCUCCACGACUCCCUGGAACACGCCCAGCUGUUCGACCUGAUGAGGAGGAUGCUGGAGUUCGACCCGGCCCAGCGGAUCACACUGGCCGAGGCCCUGCAGCACCCCUUCUUCGCCGGCCUGACCCCGGACGAGAGGUCCUUCCGCUGCGGCCGCAACCUGAGCAGAUGACAGGUGGGGGAAGAAGCGGCGGGGGGGGCGCGCGGGGGCGGACCGCCCCCCGCCCCGGCACGACCAGUGCAAUGUGGAGGAGGCAGGACCCCGGGGGGGAGGGACGGGAGCAAAGCUACGGGAAAAGCACAGAUUUGACCCGAGAUAUUUAUAUGUUGUAAAGUUAAAAUAAAGUGUUUCUUACUGUUUGAUAA